AUGCGCCUCGACAAGCUUGCUGCCCGGGCCGGUGCCACGACGGUCACCCUGCCGCACACUCAGCCUCAUGGGCUGUUCACAGUCAACCCGUCUUUUCCGGGUGUGAGCUUCGAGCUCAACACCUUUUCGCUGUACUGCCAGACCAGCCAAACCGACCCAUCGGCCAACCAGUUUUCGAUCAAUCUAAUUUCCGAAGUUGCCAAGCGCACCGGCGGCCGGCCCAUUGUCCGCGUCGGCGGCAUCACGGGUGACCGCGUGAAGUGGAACAGCUCGCAGACCGUGCCGGUGGUCCCCGCGCCGAGCACCACGCAGACGGGCGACCUCACCAUUGGCCCCUCAUUCUGGGCGCUGACGCAGCUGCUGGCACCAGCCAAGGUCCGCUGGAUGCCCUCCAUCUCGUACACGGAGCACGACUACACGCAGGCCAACGAGGCCGCCAAGUCGAUCCUGUCGGGCAUUGGCGCCGACAACUUGGCGGCCAUUGAGAUUGGCAACGAGCCCAAUUUUUACAGCGGCGGCGACCCGCCGGCGGCCACGGCCCAAGAGUUUGCGGACCGCUUUCAGGCGAUUGCUGCCAACAUCACCAAGGCGGCCGGCCUACCCCCAAGCGUCGGGUUUGCCGGCCCGGAUGUGGGCAGCGAGACCAACGGCUACAUCCCCUGGGACGCGGCCGACAUUUUUGCCAACACGAGCUUCGACGACACCAACAACCUCGCCUACGCCACCGACCACUGGUACCGGUGCCUGAGCGGCUCGUGCACGCUGCCGGACCUCCUGUCGCACGCCAGCACGGUGGCCGACACGGCCAAGCACAUCAAGCCGAUGAACGCGUUCUUCCAGUCGUACAAGGGCGGCCGGGUGCCGUUCUAUCUGGACGAGAUCAAUGUGCAGACGGGCGGCACGUCCAAUGCGUCCUUUUCGGCGUCGUUUGCGACGGCCUUGUACGGCACCGAUUUCAUGAUGCACCUCAUGUCCCUGGGCGUGGCCGCCGUCAACUGGGAGCAGGUCUACGGCUCGGUCCAGAACGUCUGGCAGCCCAGCGACUACGGGUCCACGCCCGCCCAGACCAAGAACACGUACUACGCCAUCCUCGUGGCCGCCGAGUUCAUCGGCACGGGCGGCCGCACCAAGGUGGCCGAGCUGGCGCCGGGCAACAACGACGGCACGACCUUCUCGUCGUACGUCGCCUACGAGCACAACAUUGCCAAUCGCGUCGCCCUCUGCAACCUCAACUACUGGGACCUGUCGGUCGGCACGCCGCGCCCAGAGCCCGUGGUCACUCUCGACGGCCUGUCGCCCUCGGUCAAGACGGUCACGGUCAAGUACCUCAACAACCCCGGCGGUGCCGGCCAAAACUCGACGGACACGACGUUUGGUGGCAGCCAGUGGACGUUUGCGAGCCAGGGCACCGAGGUCAAGAAUGUGGCCGCGACGACGAUCAAAGUGCCUGUCAAGCGCGGUAGUGCCCUGAUUCCUGUGCCCUACAGCUCGGUGGCCAUUGUGUACCUGUAA